AUGACAAAAAGAUAUUGGAACAUAACUUUAGAAGAGGUGCUGAAAGCUGGAGUUCAUUUUGGCCAUCGUACUAGGAAAUGGAAUCCUCGAAUGGCACCUUUUAUAUUGGGAAAACGGAAAGGUAUUCAUAUUAUAAAUCCUAUUCGAACUGCUCGUUUUUUAUCCGAAGCUUGUAAUUUGGUUUUUCAUGCAGCAAGGAAAGGAAACCAAUUCUUAAUUGUUGGUACGAAAAAAGAAGCAGCCGAUUCAGUAAUACGGGCUGCAAUAAGAGCUCGAUGUCAUUAUGUUAAUAAAAAAUGGCUCGGAGGUAUGUUAACGAAUUGGUAUACUACAGAAACGAGACUUCGUAAGUUCGGCGACUUGAGAACGGAGCUAAAAACGGGGAAAAUGAACUCUCUUCCAAAAAGAGAUGCCGCUAGGUUGAAGAGACAAUUAUCUCAUUUGGAAAGAUAUCUGGGCGGCAUAAAAUAUAUGACAAAGUUACCCGAUAUUGUAAUAAUCCUUGAUCAGCAAGAAGAAUAUACGGCUCUUAGAGAAUGUAUCACUUUGGGAAUUCCAACGAUUUCUUUAAUCGAUACAAAUUCUGACCCAGAUCGCGCCGAUUUUUCGAUUCCGGCUAAUGAUGAUUCUAGAGCUUCAAUCCGCUUCAUUCUUAACAAAUUAGUUUUUGCAAUUUGUGAGGGUCGUUCUAGCUAG